GGGGCUCGCGUGAUCGCCUCUCACCCGCCAGUUCCCAUCCCCCGAAGUUUUAGAUCCCCCCCUUUCCCUUAACGCCGCGUUCUUCGUCGGCCGUCCCUGGCAAGCCCGGCCCACCCCCGGGGCCGCAUGUGGCGGGGGCGGAGUCUCCGAGUUUUGCACACUGUCAUGGAAUGCGCUGAAGUCGGGGCGGAACUGCAUGGUUUUCUCAAGAAAUUCCCUGCGAUCUUCAGCGUUUCCCUUUUUCAGUCGGAUUUUCCUGCGGGCGGACGGACGUGUUUUUUUUUCUUUUUGUUCUUCACGUUGUUCCUCUUCGUUUCAUGUCGUUCUCCGUCCCAGGGUGUUUUUCGCGGAGCUUCGCUAGUUGCCAUUCCUGGAUUUGUAGCCGCUGUCAUUGGCUGAGAUCGUUCACGACAGGAGCCGCACUUCCAGAAAGCUGGACUGGGCUCUGAGCCGCAGUGACCAUGGCUGAGCCGAGACGGGACAGCACCAGCAGCCUGCAGAGGAAGAAGCCCCCGUGGCUUAUGCUGGACAUUCCUGCCACCCAGUCCGUGGAGGAGCCCCCUUUGGUGCAGCCUUUAAAGCGCCAGCCGUAUUUCCGCAGCGUCAGCAUGCCAGCUGAGAACACGCGGAUUUCUUCCCCGCCCAAUGAACCACAGCGGCCCUCCUUCCAGCGGCAGACGUCGAUCACACAGACCAUCAAGAGCAGCAAGAGGGUGCAUUUUGAGAGAAUUAACACCAUGCCCAUCCAGGGUCAGCGUGCCGCCCGGAGGUCCAUGACGAAGCCACACUCUCUGUCCAAGCUCUUCCUCAGGGGUACGGCCGACUGGUUUGGGGUCAGUAAAGAUGGAGAUGCCACUCAGAAGUGGCAGAGGAAGAGUCUCCGGCACUGCAGCCAGAGGUACGGGAAGCUGAAGCCUCAGGUGAUUCGCGAGAUGGAUCUUCCAAGCCAGGACAACAUCUCACUGACCAGCACCGAAACGCCGCCACCGCUCUAUGUGCCCACGUCGCAGCACGGCAUGCAGAAGAUCAUCGACCCCCUGGCACGAGGUCGGGCCUUCCGCAUGGUGGAGGAGAUCGACGGUUACAGCGUCCCGCACACCCCCAUUACGCCAGGGGCCGCGUCCCUCUGCUCCUUCUCCAGCUCCCGCUCGGGUUUUAACCGCAUGCCCCGUAGGCGCAAGCGGGAGUCGGUUGCCAAGAUGAGCUUCCGAGCUGCAGCUGCCCUCGUCAAGGGUCGGUCACUGAAGGAGAGCACUCUUCGCAGAGCCCAGCGGCGCAGCUUCACACCGGCCAGCUUCAUAGAAGAGGACACAGUUGACUUUCCUGAUGAGCUUGACACCUCCUUCUUCGCCCGGGAUGGGGUGCUCCAUGAGGAGAUGUCCACCUACCCCGAUGAGGUCUUUGAGUCCCCUUCAGAGGCGGCCAUCAAGGAGGCAGAGGCCAGUAACUUCCUGGACAGGUCGGAACUCACCGGCAGCGCCCUGGACAAGAGUGAGCUGGAGAAGAGCCACCUCAUGAUACCUUUGGAGCGAGGCUGGCGCAAGUCAAAAGAAGGAGCAGGGGUGCAGCCGAAAGUGCGUUUGCAGCAAGAGGUGGUCAGCAUGAGUGGCCAGCGACGUGGACAGAGGAUCGCAGUGCCGGUCAAGAAGCUUUUUGCGAAAGAAAAGAGGCCAUAUGGGCUGGGCAUGGUGGGCAAGCUGACAAACCGAACCUACCGGAAGCGGAUCGACAGUCACAUCAAGAGGCAAAUCGAGGACAUGGAUGACCACAGGCCUUUUUUCACGUAUUGGAUCACAUUUGUCCACUUGGUCAUCACCAUCCUGGCGGUGUGCAUCUACGGGAUAGCGCCGGUGGGCUUCUCUCAGCAUGAGACGGUGGACUCUGUCUUAAGAAACAAAGGGGUCUAUGAAAAUGUGAAGUAUGUACAGCAGGAAAACUUCUGGAUCGGUCCAAGCUCUGAGGCGCUCAUCCAUCUUGGUGCAAAGUUCUCUCCCUGUAUGCGUCAAGACCAGCAGGUCCACAGAUUAAUCCAGCAGAAGAAGGAAAUGGAGAAGAAGUCGGCUUGCUGUGUGCGGAACGACCGCUCCGGUUGCGUGCAGACAUCCGAGAAGGAGUGUUCUGCCACACUUGCAGUAUGGGUCAGAUGGCCGGACCACCCCAGUACCCCUCCUCUGAGCAGCAAUCCAAGGCAGUCAGGGUCAGUCUGUCACCAGGAUCCCAGGUUUUGUGAUGAACCGGCGUCCGUUUCACCCCACGAAUGGCCUGAUGACAUCACCCAGUGGCCUAUCUGCACAAGGAACAGUGCCGGGAACCACACCAACCUGCCACACAUGGACUGUGUCAUCACGGGCCGACCCUGCUGCAUCGGAACCAAAGGGAGCUGUGAAAUCACAUCCAGAGAGUACUGCGAGUUCAUGAAGGGGUAUUUUCAUGAGGAGGCAACCCUCUGCUCACAGGUGCACUGUAUGGAUGACGUCUGUGGUCUUCUGCCAUUCCUGAACCCCGAGGUGCCCGAUCAGUUUUACAGGCUCUGGCUCUCCCUCUUCCUUCACGCUGGGAUUUUGCACUGCCUGGUGUCCAUGUGCUUCCAGAUGACCAUCCUGAGGGACCUGGAGAAGCUGGCAGGCUGGCUCCGCAUCUCCAUCAUCUACAUUGCCAGUGGCAUUGCUGGAAACCUGGCCAGUGCCAUCUUCCUGCCCUAUAGAGCUGAGGUGGGUCCAGCUGGCUCGCAGUUUGGCAUCCUGGCUUGCCUCUUUGUGGAGCUCUUCCAAAGUUGGCAGAUCCUGGCAAGGCCCUGGAGGGCAUUCCUGAAGCUCUUCUGCGUGGUACUCUUCCUCUUUGCCUUUGGCCUGCUGCCCUGGAUCGACAACUUUGCCCACAUUGCGGGUUUCAUCUCCGGUUUCUUCCUCUCCUUCACCUUCCUCCCGUACAUCAGCUUCGGCCAGUUCGACUUGUACCGCAAGCGUUGCCAGAUCAUCGUCUUCCUGCUCGUCUUUGUGGGGCUCUUCGCCGGCCUGAUGGUCCUCUUCUACGUCUACCCCAUCAAGUGUGAAUGGUGCGAGUUCCUCACGUGCAUCCCUUUCACGGACAAGUUCUGCGAGAAGUAUGACCUGAACACGCACCUCCACUGAGAGCAGUGGGGAGUCGGAAGGAACAAAUACCAGGCCUCGCGCCACCUCCCAGCCCCACCAGGCAUGGCAUGCUCUUCCAGAAAGGGCAGUGCCAAUGGCCCACGUGCUGGUGGUGCCUGACUGGGCCGAGUGGAGCCCUCUUAGCUCACCCAGGAGUCGGGAGAGAAUUUGGACUCGGACAAGAAAAGUGGGAAUCGCCGUUUGUGCCUUUUUGAACACUGCUGUACCAACUACUGCCGUACUUCCUGAUGCCCGUGUGCGUGCCCGUUGUGACCGUUACUGUUCUUACUGCUGUUCCAGUGGUGAUUAAACGAGAAGGUAGUGUUUUAGCUACCAGACAGAU